AUGGCGACGGACCAUCAUGGCACCAGCCACCACCAACCUCUCGUCGGCCACCGCUCCACUUCCCUCGGCGAGUUCAAUUCCGAGGCCAGCGAGGAGCUCGAGAACAAGCUCUCCGACCGCACCUUGCCCCUCGUGAACCGCCUCGCCGCCGCCUCCUGGAUCGAGUGGAAGCUCCUCUUCCACCUCGCCGCCCCUUCCACCGUCGUCUACGUCACCGGAUUCAUGAUGUCCAUGUCCACCCAGAUGUUCUCCGGCCACCUCGGCAACCUCGAGCUCGCUGCCGCCUCCCUAGGCAACAAUGGCAUCCAGCUCUUCGCCUACGGCAUCAUGUGGGGACUGGGGAGCGCGGUGGAGACGCUGUGCGGGCAGGCGUACGGCGCGCAGAAGUACGAGAUGAUGGGGAUCUACCUGCAGCGUUCUUUCGUGCUGCUGUCUCUGGUGGGAGUCGGGGUGAGCGUGAUGUACGUGUUCUCGAGGCAGCUCCUGCUGCUGCUGGGGCAGUCGGAGGCGAUCGCGACGGCGGCGAGCCUGUACGUGUACGGGCUGAUCCCGCAGAUCUUCGCGUACGCGGCCAACUUCCCGAUCCAGAAGUUUCUGCAGGCCCAGUCGAUCGUGAUGCCCAACGCCUACAUCUCGGUGGUGGUGCUGAUCGUGCACCUGGGGAUGAGCUGGGUCGUGGCCUACAAGCUCGGGAUUGGGCUGCUGGGCGCGGCCCUGGCGCUCAGCCUGUCGUGGUGGGUGCUCAGCGGGCUGCAGUUCCUCUACAUCGUCAAGAGCGAGACGUGCAGGCACACCUGGACCGGGUUCUCGGUGCAGGCGUUUCAUGGAUUGUGGGAUUUCUUCAAGCUGUCGGUGGCGUCGGGGAUUAUGCUGGCGCUGGAGCAGUGGUAUUUGGAUGUGCUCGUUUUGCUCGCCGGGAUGCUGGAGAAUCCGGAGCUUUCACUGGAUUCGCUAUCCAUUUGUACGACCUUAUUGGGUUGGUUCUUUACCAUUUCGAUGGGGUUCAAUGCGGCUGCGAGUGUUCGGGUGAGCAAUGAGCUUGGGGCCGCGCAUCCCAAAUCGGCGGCGUUCUCGGUGGUGAUGGUGACCGGAGUUUCCUGCUUGGUGUCGAUCGUCCUGGCGAUUCUGGUGAUGAUAUAUCGCGACGUGAUCGGGCUGGCUUUCACCGGCGGGCAGGCAGUGUCGGCGGCGGUGUCCGAUCUGUGCCCGUUGCUGGCCGUUUCCAUCGUCUUCAACGGAGUUCAACCUGUACUCUCAGGAGUGGCGGUGGGAUGUGGAUGGCAAGCUUUCGUGGCUUACGUAAAUGUGAUCUGCUACUACGUUGUUGGAGUCCCGUUGGGCGCUCUUCUGGGUUUCCAUUUCAAGAUGGGUGCUAAGGGAAUAUGGACCGGUUUGCUGAGUGGCACCAUAUGUCAAACCGUCAUUCUGGUUUGGGUUACGUAUCGUACCGACUGGAAAAAAGAAGUGGAGAUAGCAGAGAAAAGACUGAAUAGGUGGGAUGACAGCAAGCAAGAACCCUUGCUGCAGUAG